GAGCCCCUUCGAUCGAUCGAGAGAGGGAACAACACGGCGGAGUUAUCGGGAUCGACUGAGGCUGACAGGAGCAGUGGGACUUAGCGAAUGGCCGACAGGCUACUGGAGAGGCGAUAUAGACAGAGACCGAGACAUAUCAGCCUGCAGUACGUCGUAUACACACCGCUGGGAUAGUGGGCCGCGACUCGUUAGCAAGACGUCAUUAUGCCGGGUCUGGCUCCAAACUGGGGAAUAGGCGACAAAACAAGACCCAACAAUGCCACCCCAGCCCUUAAAAACCCGGUCAUGGUUCAGAGUUGUCUGAGGACCAAGGUGUGCAAGCUGUGCUGGACGUUCCUGCUGGUGUUCCUGUGUUGUGUGUCUCUGGCUCUCUGGUUCAGAGCAGUGCAGGAGGGAUCAGUUCAGCUGGUCAUUCCUGGAGAACCUCCCGACAUAGGUGGACUGACAAUCACUAUACUCCCUGAGGAACCAGUGGUCAGAGAGGGGGACACUGCCCAACUAGUCUGCAUUGCCACAGGAGCAUCGGUGACUCAGUUCCAGCCUCCCUCCUCCCUCUCUCCCUCCCUCCUCUCCUCUGUUCACGUCACACUCCUUAGGGGAGGAGCAGUAAUGGCGGUAGAGAGAGCGACCAGGGGUCACGCCGGGUUCUACACCUGCCAGGCAGUGGGGCCGUCUGCACAGGAACUGCAACUAAGUGUGAAACUCAACGUUGAAACAAUAGGUGUUGAAUACAGUCCUCCCUCCUCCUCUCUCCUCCCUCCCUCUCCUCCUCUCACUCCGCACUCAUCACCAGCACCAGCAUAUCACACCAGAACUCAUCAGACGCCAAUGACCCAGGGGUUACCUCAUCAUCAUCACCACAAACCCAGACUGGCCUCACAGUGCAGGAGGUACAAGACUAACAGGACGAUAGGAAACAGAAACGCACUGCAGCCACAGAACAUUAUUUUUUCUACUGACCUCUCGGCCACUGUAUUUUUCACUCUAUUAUUGCCACCAAUAUAUACCACUAUAUAAACCUUUACCUGCACACGUGAAAAUGGUGUGAGAUUGAUAUACGACAAAUAAUGACCUCAGAUUCCAGCACUCCACAGACGUUUUUUCAAACCCAACCAGCAUGUAGAUACAUACUUCGUGACUCAGUAUUAUUAUAAUAUUACACUGAACACGGUUGUGUUGUACUCAUACACUACAGGAGGGCCUAUGGAGAAGAGACACAGGACAGCAAGUAGAGAGUAAUCACCAACGAGAGAGAGGAGAGAGAUGGACUAUGAUAAAGUUUCUCUGUUUCAGAACGCUGCAGUGGAUGACUACUGUUCGAGAUACGACCCCACCCCCUCCCACACCUCCCAUCCUCUCGCCUACAGCCGUCACAACCUUCUUGACCACACCCACCGAGUCCUCUUAUGCUUCCUCCCCAAAGUGGGCUGCACAAACCUCAAACUUCUCUUCUUUGCCAGUCAGGGCUUGAUCCCUUACUCUGAGCUCGAGAAAGCCCGAGAUCUUAUAAACCAGGAGAAACUCAUGGCAGUUGUACAUAGGAACAAUCUGCAGGGAAAUAGAAUAAGCUUACGUGAAGAUUUGCGUUCGUUGGACUAUUUCAAGUAUGUAAUGGUCAGAAAUCCAUUAGAGAGGCUGGUUAGUGCCUACAGGAGUAAGAUUGAGAGGUACAAUUUGACGGGAGUGCUAAAGGACACCCCUCAUUACAACUGGGCUCGCAGGGAAAUAUUCAAACACCUCCAUCCCGUCCAGUAUAGAUUAUGGGCCAAGGAAGGUAUGAGUCGACCGGUGAAAAUAUCAUUCGGCGAUUUCAUCACUUACUGGCUGCAACCGGAUCUGAUAGAGUUUAAGUACGACGAUCACUUUAUGUCGUUUUUACACAUUUGUCAGCCGUGUCGGACGAGGUUUGAUUUCUACGGGAACUUCCGCCACUUUACUCGAGAUGCUCGGGUGUUGAUAGACAAGGUUGGAGGCAGUUACUCGGACCUGCGGCAGGGCUACUAUUCCGACGACACUUUGUCCACUGACGAGAGGAUGAAACUCUAUUACUCCACGCUCCCCCAGAGUCAGAAGACUGACGUCAUCAGGAAGAUGGCUCUGGAGCUAGAGUUCCACUAUACCAUCUUCCCCGAAGAGAGAGACUCCCACAAACAGAUUCUCGGAAUUGAUGCUGAACUUCCACUCUAACAACACUCACACAGUUUUUUUCUUUUCAUUUUAGCAGCAUGCAACACCUUUGUGCAACAUUGAGUAAGAUAAUUAUUAUAGCCAUUCAGGCA